AUGAAAACAACAGCCCGGUAUUUAUCGAAGAAAAAAUUUUUAUUGAAAACAAUAUUGACCUCAAAAGUCAAGUCGACCAUUGAUCGGUAUAAAAAAUGUCGAUUUUGGUUGACCAAGGGUUUGUUGCGCGUCGCGAACAAUUGGAAAGAGACUGCGCCGUCGGCGAGAGGACAAACUUCGACAGCAGGGAUCGAAGGCAUGUUUCUCGGAUUGGACGAAAACAGAGACUUGUUGGUAAAACGUCUGAAUGCCGGCCAGGAUUUGUACCCCAAUUGUGAUACGUCGAUUUGGCUAAGAAACUGUACUCGUGACAUCCCGACUCCGGUCCAAGGGAUAAUCAAAGGUAAGAUACCGGAAUGGUUAUCAGGGUCGCUGCUACGAAACGGUCCGGGGAGUACACAAGUGGGAAGUUAUGAGUUUAAACACAUAUUCGACAGCUCGGCUUUACUACACAGGUUUGCAUUCAAAAAUGGAACAGUAACAUAUCAGUGUAGAUUUUUGGAAUCAAAUACGUAUAAAAAAAAUAAAGCAGCCCAAAGAAUUGUCAUAACCGAAUUCGGAACCAGGGCGUGUCCCGAUCCUUGUAAUACAAUUUUCCACAGGUUUUCUAAUGUAUUUAAAUGGGGAGACAAUCAAUCAGACAAUGCGAUGAUAUCUAUUUACCCAAUCGGCGAUGAGUAUUUUGCAUUUACGGAGUAUCCAAUAAUGAUCAAAAUUGAUCCUACAACUCUCGAAACACUUACAACUAUAGACAUUGGUUGUCUGACCGGUAUUGUUCAUCAUACUGCUCACCCACAUGUGGCAGCCGAUGGUGCCGUUUUCAAUUUAGCGACAGUUCCAAAAAUUGAUGGACCUCAUUAUUGCGUGGUUAAAUUUCCUCGGGUUGAUUCAGAAACUGGAUACCGGUAUUCGACCGAUGAAAUGUUUGGGAGAAUGUGCAUCGUGGCUACCAUAAAGUGUCGGUGGCCCCUACAUCCUGGGUAUAUGCAUUCUUUCGGGAUGACGGAACAUUAUUUCGUCGUAGUCGAACAGCCCUUAAGCAUUUCACUGUCCACUGCCGUGGUUAACAGAUUCAAAGGAGAUCCGCUGUCUAGUGCACUAAAAUGGUUUCAGGACUGCCCCACUCUAAUUCACUUGAUUUCACGAUCUGAUGGUAAAACGGUGAAGACAUUUAAAUCGGAUGCAUUCUUUUAUCUCCACAUAAUAAAUCAGUACGAAGAAGACAAUCACAUAGUGAUCGAUAUUUGUUGUUACCGAGAUCCGUCCAUGAUUGACUGCAUGUUCGUCGAAGCAUUACAAAAUCUCAACAAAAACCCGGAUUAUGCAGCCAUGUUUCGCAGCAGGCCUUUGAGAUUCGUGUUGCCAGUUAACUGCCACAAUCCUACAAGUGGCGAUGUCGAAAACGACCACUUGUAUGUCUCCCCCGAAAAGCUAUGCGAUUUGGGUUGUGAAACACCCAGGAUUAAUGAAUUCAAUAUUGGGAAAAAAUACAGGUUUUUUUAUGCAAUAUCAUCCGACGUUGACGCUGAAAACCCUGGAACGCUCAUUAAAGUGGAUACGUACAAUAAAACUUGUAAAACAUGGUGUGAACAGAAUGUAUACCCUAGCGAACCAAUUUUUGUUUCUUUACCGGACGCCGAAGAUGAAGACGAAGGUGUAGUUUUAUCGUCAAUCAUUUGGGGUGGAUCAGAGUGUGAAAACCAAGCUGGAGUAAUAGUUUUGGACGCGAAGAGUUGGACAGAGAUAGGGCGAGCUGUUUUUGUCACUCAGUCACCAGUUCCUAAAUGCUUACAUGGCUGGUAUGCUGCUGCUGUAUAA